UAUUAGAAACUAUUGAAUUUUGAUUGAUUAGAUUUUUGUGAGGUUAAACCCAUGAAUAAUUAACAAAAAUUGAAGGUUCAGCUUUUAAUAGUUAUCUUUAUGUGAUUUAAUUUAAAGUGAGCAGUCUUAUGGAGCUUUUGGAAUUUAAGGACUGGAAAUCUGUUCCAGAUAUUGUCCAUUGCUAUAAGUCUCAACUUAGUAUAUCAGAAACUCCAAUAAUUAUUGAUAAUGGAUCGUAUCAGGCAAGAGUCGGAUGGGCUAUUAGUGAUGCACCUUUGUUAUCAUUUAGAAAUUUAGUCGCUAAGUUACGCAGAGAACGAUCUAAAAAGGAUGGAUCACAAGAAAGCAUUGUACCUCAAUUACAAGUUGCAAAUGAUAUUUCCAACAUUGAAGCUGUUAGAUUUCAAUUGAAAACCCAAUUUGAUCGCAAUGUAGUUACACAUUUUGAAGCUCAGGAGCUUUUAUUAGAUUAUUCUUUUUUUCACUUGGGAAUAAACACUGAUGGAAAUGUAGCCCAUCCAGUUAUCAUGACAGAGGCAUUCUUAAAUCCAAAUUCUUCAAGACAAAUAAUGACUGAACUUCUUUUUGAAUGUUAUGGUGUGCCAGGGAUAAUGUAUGGUGUAGAUUCUCUGUUUUCUUUUUUUCAUUUGAAUACCAGGCCAACUAACCAUGGUUUGAUAGUGGGUCUUGGAUACCAUACAGUUCAUGUUAUCCCUGUAGUUAAUGGAAAAACAAUAUUUGAAAAUGUGCGUCGAAUCAAUAUUGGAGGGUCACACAUUAUUUCAUUUCUGCACAGAAUACUUCAGUUAAAAUAUCCUGCUCACAAUAAUGCUAUUACAUUGAGUAGAGCAGAAGAGUUACUCCAUAGUCUCUGCCUUGUGGCUUUGGAUUAUAAGGAAGAACUUAAAAAAUGGAGUGAUAAUGAAUAUUAUAAAAAAAACAUUAAGAGGAUCCAGUUGCCGUUUUCAUCAUCUAUUUCCUCAGGUCUUACAGAACAACAGAAAGAAAGGAAAAGGGAAUUAGCCAGAAGGUUAGCAGAAAUUAAUGCAAGAAAACGAGAAGAACGCUUGGCAGAAGAUGAGGAGAAGUUACAGCAACUUUUGUUUAUUCAACAGAUGAUAAAAGCAAACAAAGAUUCUAGUGAAAUAGAAAUGUCCAUGCUAGAAUAUGGCAUAAAAAAUCUGGACGACCUUCAUAAAAAUAUAGUCACGUUAAAUAGUAGAAUUGAAAAAGCAAAAGAAAAGAUUUUUGCAGUUAACACAUCUGAUGAUGUACUCGAAGAACCGCCCCUUAAACAGCCAAAAUUUCAUAAAAUGUCAUUCGAAAAUGAAACUGCGAAACUGUUAUUCGUACAAAAAAUCAAAAAAACUAAGCAAGAAAUACUGAAUAAGAAAAGUGCAAGAAAGCAGAGGAGGCAGGAUAUGGCAAAAAGAAGGACCGCAGCUGGACAAGAGAGAAUGCGUAUAAUUUCUCAAUUAGCCCGAAAAGAAAAAGGGAAUGACGAUUUCGGUUAUCGGGAUGAAGACUGGGAUAUUUAUAAAGCAAUUAGUCGAGAAGGAGGUGAUUCGGACAGCGACGCUGAAAACGAAAAGUUGAUGGAAUUAGACGAAAUUCUUCGAGAAUAUCAACCGACAGAUGUUGAUCAAGGCAUUCCAGGAGAAUCUUAUCAACUUCACGUUGGAAUCGAACGUUAUCGAGCUCCAGAGUUGUUAUUUAAACCGUACAUGAUCGGUUCUUCUGAAGCAGGACUCUCAGAAGUUAUUGCUUAUGUUUUAUCAUUAUUUGACAACGAGACUCAGUCUUUACUUGCUGAAAAUGUCGUUCUUGUGGGAAGCUUAGCAAAUCUCCCAGGUUUAAUGGAAAGAAUUAAAAUCGAUCUUAUCAGUGUCCGUCCCUUCAAAUCUAACUUGCAAGUUCAUUGUAUCGGCAAUCCCGACGUAGCAAGCUGGUUAGCAAUGAAAAACUUUGUUCAACAGACAGAAUAUAAGGAUUUUCUAACAACCAGGGAGGAGUAUGAAGAAUACGGGAGUGAGUUCUUUAAAACACAUGCCGCCUCGAACUUCUACAUUCCCACUCCAAAAAGUCAAGUGGUUGAGAUCAUUGAUUCUUGAAAAUUCGUAAUCAGGUAAGUAAAUCAAUUAUUCAAUCACUCAAUCAAUUUAAAUAAAUAAAAAUGACAUGGUGUGAGAACAAAAAAUCCACUUGUAUUUAUAAUAUAUUUUGUAUGUGGAAA